UGAUCGGGGCUUUACAGCGACUGCACCAGUCAACUCUAUUAGAGGCGAGUUCAGUGGGAGAGGAUCGCGCGCGCCGCGCCGGGACCAGCGCUGGGCAUGGGUGGCACGAGGCGCGCUCUGCUCCCAACUACCGCGCUUCGCAGGACAGGCAUGCGAGUCACUUUGCUGCCGUGACUCCCUGAUCGGUUGCCAUUCAGUUCUGGAGAACUUUGUAAAGCUUUAGAUAUGGAGAUAAUCGCAUCAGCUUUGGCCGUGCUAUUGCUCCUUUCCGUCCAACGGAACAAAUUAACCAGGGCGAUGAUGAGUGAUAUUGGCGACUAUGUAGGUACAGACAUUGAAAUAUCCUGGUUGCCUAAUCUGGAUGAUUUAAUGAAGGGGUACGCGCGAAAUUUCCGUCCUGGGAUAGGAGGCCCUCCAGUGAACGUCGCGAUGGCUAUUGAAGUAGCCAGCAUCGACCACAUCUCCGAGGCCAACAUGGAGUACACCAUGACCGUAUUCCUCCGGCAGAGCUGGAGGGACGACCGCCUGGCCUAUAACCACACCAACAAGACGCUGGGGCUGGACAGCCGCUUUGUGGACAAGCUCUGGCUGCCGGACACGUUCAUCGUCAACGCCAAGUCGGCCUGGUUCCACGACGUCACCGUGGAGAACAAGCUGAUUCGCCUCCAGCCAGAUGGAGUGAUCCUCUACAGCAGCCGAAUUACCUCGACAGUGGCCUGUGACAUGGACCUGACCAAGUACCCCAUGGAUGAGCAGGAAUGCAUGCUGGACUUGGAGAGCUAUGGCUACUCCUCUGAAGACAUUGUUUAUCACUGGUCUGAGAGUCAAGUGCACAUCCACGGGCUGGACAAACUGGAGCUUUCCCAGUUUACCAUUAUAGACUACAGAUUUGUCACAGAGAUGAUGAACUUUAAGUCUGCGGGACGAUUUCCACGGCUCAGCCUCCGUUUCCAGCUGAGACGGAACCGCGGCGUCUACAUCAUCCAGUCCUACAUGCCAUCCAUCCUCCUGGUGGCCAUGUCGUGGGUCUCCUUCUGGAUCAGCCAGUCGGCGGUACCUGCGCGGGUGUCACUAGGGAUCACCACAGUACUCACCAUGACAACCCUGAUGGUCAGCGCUCGCUCCUCCCUGCCCCGGGCGUCAGCUAUCAAGGCCCUAGAUGUCUACUUCUGGAUCUGCUACGUGUUUGUGUUCGCAGCGCUGGUGGAGUACGCCUUCGCCCACUACAACGCCGACUACAAUCGCAAGCAGAGGGCCAGGAUCAAGGCCAACAAGAUGGGCGCGGAGUCCAUUGUGAAGAACGGGAAGCAGGCCAUGGUUAUGUACUCCCUCUCAGUCGCGGGCAUGAACCAGGGCCUGAUGGUCUCCAACCGGCAAGGACGAGCCCAGCGGCCCGCAGACGCUCCCGGGGAGUCAGAAGGCGCAGAAACACGGACAACCAGAGGCAGACGGCUGGAAAACCCAGAGGAGAAGAAGGGCUGCCUGAAGUCCAUGUUCAAGCCCAUCGAUGCCGACACCAUUGACAUCUAUGCCAGGGCUGUUUUCCCAGCAGCCUUUGCGGCGGUGAACGUCAUCUAUUGGGUGGCGUACACCAUGUGAGCAGGGAUCAUGCUGGGAUCAGGCGGUGAACAUAAAUGCACUGUAACUGUGGCUGUAAAAAUGACAUCAAACUUAUCAAAGGAGCACUUCUGAUCCACAACAAGCUUGACAUACGACACUAUGGGGGCACAGAAAAGCACAUAAAUACCCACGUUUUGUGUCUGCUUACAUGCCCAAACAGCUUAGAUAAGGGUCAGGUGCUGUUAUAUUGACUUUAUAUUGCCAUACAUGAUGCCCAGGACUUUACAGAAAAAUAAACACUUAAUCCUACUUAUAGCAUGUAAUUACAACUGAAUAUACUAUCUGGAAAUGUAAUACUUUCUGUUACCAGUCAUGUUUUAUUAAUCUCCUCCUAUGUAAGUUGCCUAAUUAGGUCUUGUUUAUAAACACUUUUGGCUCCAUAGUGACAGGCAAUGACACAUUAUAUAGCAAACACCUUGUAAAUACAGGCGUUAUCAUGUAAUUACAUGCAAUAAGUAAGAGCUGUUGCCAGUGGUCUCUUUCCUGGUGGAUGCUGGGUGAACACGGUACAGUUGAGUGACACUGCCAUCCUGAGGAGCAGCCCCUGCCUUGUCCAGUGCGAGGGCUGGCCACUGCGACGUGACCCCCUUCAUCGCCAGCUUCUGCCUCUGUCCGUCCCGGAAGGAGGACUGGCAGCGUUAUGGACUCUUAGGACACAAGACUACAGACCUUCAAAGAAAGUGCAACACAAAGAAUAGCUGCCGGAAUUCUGGGUAAAUGGAACAGCGUAGACUAGUCUGCAUGGCUGUUUAACUGCCCCACCCCCACCCGG